AUGAACAGUGAAGUGAAACUACCAUUCGUUCCUUUGGUUAGUGAAACCGGAUUUCCUGGAGCAAUUGGAAACACUCCUUUAUUGCGAUUACCAAGAAUAUCAGAUUCUGUUGGAAGGAACAUUUACGCCAAAGCAGAAUUCAUGAACCCUGGUGGAUCCAUAAAAGAUAGAGCAGCACUUUAUGUUAUUAAAGAUGCAGAAGAAAAAGAGUUGAUCAAACCAGGUGGAACCGUUGUUGAAGGAACAGCCGGAAACACUGGUAUUGGUUUAGCUCAUGUUUGUCGGGCAAGAGGAUACAAUUGUGUCAUUUAUAUGCCCAACACCCAAUCUAAAAACAAAAUUGAAACCUUGAAAUUACUAGGAGCUGAGGUUUACCCAGUACCUGCUGUUGCAUUCACAGAUCCACAAAAUUACAACCAUCAAGCCAAAAGACAUGCUGAAAGUUUGGAUAAUGCAGUUUGGACUAAUCAAUUCGACAAUGUCGCCAAUAGACAAGCUCACAUUGAAACAACGGGGCCAGAAAUUUGGGCUCAGUUGGAUGGCAAAGUAGAUGCAUUUACUUGUUCUACUGGUACUGGAGGUACAUUUGCUGGUACUUCAAGAUACUUGAAAACGAUAAGCAAUGGUAAAACCAAAUGUGUGCUCGCUGAUCCACCCGGGUCAGUACUCUAUUCUUACAUCAAAUCCAACGGGAAAGAAAUGGAAAGAGGGGGCUCUUCCUUCACUGAGGGUAUCGGUCAAGGUAGGGUUACUGAUAAUUUGAAACCAGAUAUUGAACUCAUUGAUGAUGCUGUUAAAAUUCCCGAUGAGGAUUCAAUUGCUAUGCUUUAUAGAUUAUUGGAUGAAGAAGGUUUGUAUUUGGGAGGUACUGGCGCUUUAAACGUUGUUGCCGCUGUUGAAGUUGCUAAAACAUUACCAGAGGGAAGUAAUGUGGUGACAAUUUUGGCAGAUUCUGCCCAUAAAUACAGCGAUAGAAUCUUUUCGAAGAGCUGGCUAAAGGAGAAAGGGUUAUUCGAUGCUAUCCCAGAUCAUUUGAAAAAGUAUGCUGUCUUGGAGUAG